AUGUUUGCCUCCGUGGGGUCAGUCCUGAAAUUGCAUACGUGGUCAGACAAUCAGCUAGAACAGAUAGCAACGUUCAACCCAAAAAAGAGUCAUGGGCCCGACCCAAAGAUCAUAAGCGUUUCUUGGUGUCACGACAACAGCUACAUCGCUCUGCUUCCUGAAGACAGCCAACCGCAGAUUGUGUCGUCCAAAGACAAAAGGAAUAUCAAUUUGGUCCACACCAUCAAUGCUUUAAAAGACGUAACAGCUGUGACUUUCAAAAACCAUACAAAGAGGAAUAUAGCGCUAGCUAAUAAAUUAGGAGAAAUAGUGAUUUACGACACGAAAAAUAGAAAUAUUAACAGCAAAAUCGCCUGUUUACCUGGAUUUAUAAAAUUCUUAGAGUACAACUAUCGAGAUGAGCAACUCGCUAUAUUAGGUGAAAAUGUGUUAAGCAUAUUUGUGGAACACGAAGGAAUGAACGGGUUCAUAAAAGAAUUUCAGAGUGAAACGUCAACUAUCAUCAAAUAUCACCCAUCGAUACCAAAUCUCAUCGCCGUAGGUAGUGAAAAUGGAUGUGUAACUCUAUGGGACACAGAUAAAGAAGAAAAACUGAGUAGUUAUCAAAAACAUUCAUCGUCAGUGACAGGAAUUGGCUUCUCCCGCAGUCAAAAGAUGAUGGUGACCACAGGAAUGGACAAUAAAAUAUGCGUCCUAGACAACUCUUCUUCUGACUGUUUGUUCAAAAUGAGCAUUCACCAAGCGGUUACGUCUGUGGACAUAAGUCCAGACGAUUUUUAUAUAGCUGCUGGUUUGGAAGACGGAUGUAUUUGUAUCUAUGAUAUUCGAGAUCCUCUAAAGUAUCUCAUUUGUGCUCAGGUCCACAACUCUUCAGUCAACAAAAUCUCUUUUGAGAAAGGGCCAGUAAUCGUUGAAAGUUUACACGAUGGCCAUUCAUUGACCACAAUUAACGGUAGUGAUUUUUGUGACAAUCGUAAAGCUGAGAUAACAAAUCCUGAAGGAAAAAAUAAUAACAAUUUCGAGGAUAACUUGAAGAAAGAGUUGUUCAAAAUGGUGAAGACGCAAAUGAAUUAUCUAGAAACACAGCUAGCUGAGCAUUGCACAAAGUUUCAGUCUUUCAUUAACAAGGAGUUUGAUUCGAUCCAUAACGCUAUGGGGAGGUGGGAUGUAUUCAACGUGGGCGAUACCAACGAAAUUGUGCAAGCAAUCGACACCACAGAUGUCAAAAGUACCAAAAGCGUAUCAACUCGGAAAUCCACCAGCUAUUAG